AUGGUUAACGGACUCAGUUCCCUCAUCUCCCUAAAUCAAGUCCUCCAUCUUACCGUAGGCCGUCUCCUAUGCAAUCGCUCCACCGUGUUAACAUUCACUCAUAUGCUUCACAUUCGGUACAAGUCCAAAGAGGAUCUCGAAGCUUACUCUGCGCAUCUGAGUCAUAUUGGUGUGGUUAGAGGAAGUGUUCUCCCGAUUAUUGAUGAUCUAAUGACGGUGGAUUGGGUGGCGGAGGAUGUUGACGGUGGUGAAUUGGUUCCGAAUUCGGGGUCGGCGAUUUGUGUGACAUUUUUGAAGUUGAAGGAGGGAGUUGUUAGCGAUGAGGUUGUUGCUUUUCGUUGUGCUCUACGCCCUACCUUUCUUAAGGGGCUUGAUAAGGAAACUCAUUUAAGUGGAGAAUGGAUGCCUACAUGGAGCAGUGGUGAUUUGUGGCAAGUCCAUCACCCAUAUAAUGGGUUGCAGUGGUGA